AUGGACAAUUCCAUUCCUGAAGAACACAAGUUGGAGACCAUGGCGGUCGGCGAGAAUCAACAUGACGCUCUCCCCUCCCAAGAGGAUGGGCUGGAGCACGGAAGUGUUAAAGAGGAGGAUGACGAUGAGGUUCUGUCCAGAUGUGACACCGGUAUCUCAGCCGGAGGUGUCAGAGAUCCCGAGGUGACUGUGGAGAUCGGGGAGACUUACCUGUGCCGGAGAGCAGACAACACUUGGCAUUCGGCAGAAGUCAUCCAAUCCCGGCUGAAUGAACAGGAAGGGCGAGAGGAGUUCUAUGUACAUUAUGUGGGCUUUAACAGGCGGUUGGAUGAAUGGGUGGACAAGAACCGGUUGGCGCUGACCAAGACGGCGAAGGACGCCGUUCAGAAAAACACAGACCAGUACCUGAAUGAACUGUCCGAGCAACCUGAGAGGAAGAUCACCAGAAAUCAGAAGAGGAAGCAUGACGAGAUUAAUCAUGUUCAGAAGACUUAUGCAGAGAUGGAUCCGACCACGGCUGCAUUGGAGAAGGAACACGAAGCGAUCACAAAAGUGAAAUAUGUGGACAAGAUUCACAUUGGCAAUUAUGAGAUUGAUGCAUGGUACUUCUCUCCCUUCCCAGAGGAUUACGGAAAGCAGCCAAAGCUCUGGGUGUGCGAGUACUGCCUGAAAUACAUGAAGUAUGAGAAAACGUAUCGCUACCAUCUGGGCCUGUGUCAGUGGAGGCAGCCACCAGGGAAAGAAAUCUAUAGAAAGAACAACAUCUCGGUGUAUGAAGUGGACGGCAAAGACCACAAAGUCUACUGCCAGAACCUCUGCCUCUUGGCUAAGCUCUUCUUGGAUCACAAAACCUUGUACUUCGACGUGGAGCCGUUCGUGUUCUACAUUUUGACCGAAGUGGACCGACAAGGGGCCCACAUCGUUGGCUAUUUCUCCAAGGAGAAGGAGUCCCCGGAUGGAAAUAAUGUGGCCUGUAUCCUCACACUCCCGCCGUAUCAGAGACGCGGCUAUGGAAAGUUCCUCAUUGCUUUUAGUUACGAGCUGUCCAAGCUGGAGAGCACGGUGGGCUCACCGGAAAAGCCGCUGUCCGAUCUGGGCAAACUGAGUUACCGCAGCUACUGGUCCUGGGUGCUGCUGGAGAUCCUGCGGGACUUCCGGGGGACACUGUCUAUCAAGGAUCUCAGCCGUAUGACCAGUAUUACUCAGAAUGACAUCAUCGGCACUCUGCAGUCACUGAACAUGGUGAAAUACUGGAAGGGACAGCAUGUCAUAUGUGUCACCCCCAAACUGGUGGAGGAGCAUCUGAAGAGCGCACAGUAUAAGAAGCCCCCAAUUACAGGUCAGCCAUGCAUUGCCCUUCCCCCACACUCAGGGCUUUCCUAA